UCACUCCCUACGCCCAGAGAUAGGGGAACAGUGGCAAAAGCCGCCCCAGGACGACCACAGUACCCGCCACACACGGACCGCAACAAGGGAAAUGCUACCUCACUUAACCCUCUCCACCGUCCCCUACCAACCGUUCCCCGUGAGGGGUUGGGGGAACUGGAGCUGCAGGCAGACAAGCCGCUCCGCUCCAGGCCGCCCUCCUCUUCCCCGCCCCGCACUCUUGCCUCCUCCCCUUCAGCGCCAGGCGCUUACGGCCAUAUCGAGAACUCGAGUGAGAGACUGCGGUAAAUUUCAAACCGCCUGCAGGGCCUUGCGGAAGGAAGAAGGGGCCGGCGCUGGGCAGAGGGAGAGAGAGCGCAGGAGAUACCGCGACCCACGCUGUUACCGACUGCCACCGCACUUGCCCGGCCCCCACAGAGGCCAGGGGGCGAAGGGCGCAGGCGCCGCGGAGGAGAGGGCGGGACGGCGGUACGCCCGCGUGCGCAGAGCGGGCGCGGCUGCGGGGACCGCGGUGAACGGCGGGGGGCGGUGCUCCGCCGGCAGGAUCCUGGCCGCCUCCCUGGUGGCUGAUGGGCUAUUGGAGUUCCGGGUCGGCGUGGGUGACUGCGCCCUGUGGCGGCCUUUCAGCCCUGGGAAGGCGAGGAGGCGAUCCGAAGGAGCAGCGUCCUCCUCGCGCCCCGCCUCUCCUUUCCUCAACAGGCAAGGAAGAGAGGGGGCGUCGUUCUCUGUAGUGUGUUGUACUGCAGUGCACGCUCUCUGCCUCGCCCCCCCUUAUCUUCGGGCAGGCUGGCUGUCUCAGUCCUGUGGUGGGUAGAGGGAACGGGCAUGCGAGAGCUCCGGGAGACCGUGGCCGUCGCUAAAGAACAGCAGCGCCCCUUGCCUGCAUCAGCCGCGGCCGGGCCGCUGGGAGUCGCCGCGCUCGUCUGUGUGCCCAGUUCCCACCGCUUCCACAUGGGAGCAGAGCGUUUCGGAAGAUUUACCGGACGGAUAUCAGACAAGGUUUAUGAGUAAAAAUCGUUUGCAGACAUUGGCACCUUCGCUUAGACUGGCCUCAACACGAUCAGACUUAUGUAACAUCAAAAUUUAAAUACAAGUAGCCGGCAUAAUCCCUAAGGAAAAAAAUACAAGUAAAAAAGAAAUUACUGUACUAUCACAUGUAUUGCGGCUUAUACACAAACAGUCAUGAAAAUUAAUGAGAUUCUGCUGUGAGAUAGACUUGGGAUCACACUGAUAGUAAUUUGCUUUCCAACACCUCUGUAGUUAAGUGCAGGGUGUCUCUUAAGAGUGUAGAGAUAUUUAGAGGAGAUGGCAUUUGUAUGUUGGAAAUCACAUGGAAAUGAAAAAGCAACUGUUAAAGUGGCAGUCAUAGUGGUAAGACUCAAAAACAUGCACCAGAGAGAGUUCAAAUGUCUUACUAAAAUAAGCUCGAGUGGAUGUGCACAGAGUAAAGAAAAAGGGAUAUGCAAAUGAUUUAAAUCUAUUAAAGCAGACGUAUAACAUAUUUCUUGUGCUUCAUUAGUAUUUUAUAAUUUUCUGUGUGGAAAACCUACAAUCUCUCAGUCUUUUUCCUCAUCUGAUUAUACAGUAUAGCCUCACCAUCCUAAUUUUUAACAUCACAUUAAUUUCUGUAGUAAGAGAGGAUUAUCUGGAGGGAGGUGAAGUAGAAAGUUUCUCAUGGACCAUCUAUAGAAAAGACAAAAAAAAGUACUGGCUUAAAACCUUCAUUUUUAUUUGACAUUUAUUCUUGCAGAAGGACUCACCUGAUAAUUUUCUGGGCUUUGUAGAGAAUCAUCAUUACAAACAUCUUGGGCUGUUUUGGUUUCCCCUGGCUGGUGGGAGGAGUCUUUUGUUCAUUCUUGAGUAGAGGGUUUGUGGAGAGCUUUCUGAAAUGUGGCAUGUCCCAGGUCUUUAUGGGCUCUCUAUUAUAGCAUUGCUGUUAAAGAGGAAUUUUUUUCGAUCAUUUGUAUAUUUUUCUACGAUGAAGUGUUUUCAUACUGCUAGUCUUUUGAUAUCGUAGACAGCGCAUUUUUCUUUAAUGAUGCAGUAAAAUGCAUAUCUCCUUGAGACCAGGCAUGCAUUUUUGUCACUUGAAAGAGCAAUUGUUUACUUGCCUGAAAAGCAGUGUACAGUGCAGUUAAAGCAGGCAGUGGUACAGAAUGGCAAAGUAGAGAUUCUGAGUUCAGCAUUUUUAAUGAAUUGCUAAACGUUUUAUAUACAGUUUCGUUAUAAAUCAGAAAAUGAAAGUUAUGUUUGAACUUUUGCUAUUAAAUGACUGCAGUUACAUAAUGAUUGUAGCCAUGAUAUUUUAGUGAAAAAUUCUCUGCUAGGAUUUUUCCUGUCCUGAGGAGUUGAGAGCCUCAGGAAAGAAAUGUAAACAAUAACUAUCUGCUGCUGUGGAAUGCCACAGGUGCAUCUUUCAUUGGUCCAUGUGGAUUGUUUUCAAUUAGUGACCAAUCACAGCCACCUGUGCCAAGGCUGUGAGCAGUCACAGGAUUUUGUUAUUGAUUCCUAUUGUUUUCUUGUCUUUGUAGCCUUCUGAUCUUCUUCUCUCUGUUCUUUUAGUAUAGUUGUAAUGUAGUAUUUUAAUAUAAUAUAUAACAUAAUCAGCCUUCUGAUCAAAAUGGAGUCAAGCCUCGUGUCCUCACACAAGGGAUUGCCAAAACAAGAAAUGAUCAAUUAUUUAUGAAUCUGCCUUGAUUAUUACUGAAGCUAGUAUAAAGCUUGCUCUAUUAAUAAUGAGUUUCAGCUACAAAUAAGUAAAUGAAUGAAUUAAGUAUCACUGGAUCUGCCUUUGAAUAUUUCUUCUCUUCACUGUUGUUGUUUUAUACAGUAGGUUAAUAUAGAUCACCUAUCAUGUAAUUGAACUUGCUAAUUUACUGUCUCACUUUUCUCUGCAAAUCUCUGUCUAAAACUGUUUAGCUCAAUUAAGGCGUUCCAUGGAUGGACUCUAAAGAGUCCAUGGUCCUUUUCAGAGUGAUUGUCACCUAAGAAAUUAUUUCUAGGAUGAAUCCGUAAAUGAGUUAAAUGAACUACUUUGGACAAUGUCAAUUUCCUACAAUGAUAUGUGUACAGUUUUAAAAUAUUUUGUCAGUGUAACAACUUCCAGGAGAGAAAAAAUAUAUUUACCUCUGCAAUGUUUUCUCUUUGUGCAGUUCUGAAUAUCUGGUUUUUUGGUCCCACACUUUAGCAUUUCUAAUUUUCCCAUGAAUCUUCUGUUUCAUGAUUAUUGCACUUUCUGAUCAAGAAUGUAAUAGUGUUGGCACUAAGAUAAGAUCAUAGUGUAACUUAAUUCCUGA